AUGACAAACAUUACGCAUGUAGCAGUAGUGUUUGUAGACCCUCACAGCCAAGCACCCACAGAUGAGCAUGAGCCCUACCUAGACUUUUAUGAUAUGGACUAUGGGAUUCCUGCCGAGGAAAUGCCGGACACCACUCAGGGCCUGGCCUAUUUUGUGGCCACCAUUGUUAUCGGAGUGGUCCUUGUCUGCAUCAUGCUUGUGUGUGGCAUCGGUAACUUCCUGUUUAUAGCAACCCUGGCUCGCUACAAAAAGCUGCGAAAUCUCACCAACCUCCUGAUCGCAAAUUUGGCAGUCUCCGAUUUUCUUGUGGCAGUUGUGUGCUGCCCUUUCUUGGUGGAUUACUAUGUGGUGAAACAGCUGUCCUGGGACCAUGGAAAAGUGCUCUGUGCCUGCGUUAACUACCUCCGAACUGUGUCUCUCUACGUGUCCACCAAUGCCUUAUUGGCCAUCGCUGUAGACAGGUACAUGGCAAUCAUUCACCCAUUAAGGCCUAGGAUGAAACAUCAGACUGCAUACUGUUUGAUAACAGGUGUGUGGGUUGUUCCAGUCAUCAUAUCCAUACCAUCUGCUUACUUUACAUCUGCAACCAAAGUGCCUUAUGGUGCCAAUCGCAGUAAAACCUUCUGUGCUCAGAUCUGGACAGUGGACCAGCAACUUUACUACCGUUCCUACUUCCUUUUCAUUUUUGCCGUGGAGUUCCUGUGCCCUGUCCUGAGCAUGGCACUGUGCUACAUGCGCAUCUCCAGGGAGCUUUGGUUCAAUAGCGUGCCUGGUUUCCCGACAGAUCAGAUCCGGAAGCGGUUGCGUUGCCGGAGAAAGACAGUCAUGGUUCUUAUUGGGAUCCUCAUGGCAUACAUUAUCUGCUGGGCUCCUUAUUAUGGCUACACCAUCCUGCGUGACUUUUACCCAACACUCAUCUCCAGGGAGAAGAAUUCACUGGUAGCGUUUUACAUUAUCGAGUGCAUUGCCAUGAGCAACAGUAUGAUCAACACCUUCUGCUUUGUCAGCGUGAAGAAUAACACAGCAGUGUACUUCAAGAGGAUUGUGCUGCUACGCUGGAAAUCCACUUACACUUCUAGGAAGACGGAUGUGAGGACACUGUCCAUGCCUGUGACUGAGGAAAUUGAUUGCAUACAGCUGGGAUGAA